AUGGAACAGCAAAAGGAAGAGACUGGGCCUGAGGGGAACAAUCUGCCGCCCCCCGGGGCUGGGUCGUGGCCGCCUCAAGCUUUCCCAGCUCUGCCCUCUUCUUUCCUGGGCACCCCAGAUCCAGCCCACCUGGGGCUCCCCGAGAGCCUGGCCUCUGUGACCGUCCCCAUCCGCCUGGAUGCCCUGUCUUACCUCCUGCACAGCGCCCUGAUGGGGGCCUACUCGCUGCAGCAGUCCUUGCCCUCCUGCCCUUGUGUCCCCCGGGCAUGCGGCACCCAGCCGGGCACUGCCAAGAGGUCACCCAAGGGACGCGGGGGCUGGGAUGUCCCGCGCAGGCCAGGCCGGGGCCACCGGAGAUGGGGACUUGGGAGGGCUGAACAGGCAGAGAGGGGCUGGGCCAGGGGCCGUGGGGCUGGCCCCAAGACCCCGCCGGUGACGCCGCCAUCACCAGCACCGCCUGCGCAGGAGGGGAAGAAGGACACCCAGGGUUCGGAGCCACCCAUGGAGCCGCCGCCUGCUGAGGACUGGGAGGCCGAAUACUAG